CCCUCUCCAUAGUUGGUGUUCUUUUUGAAAAAGCCAUCGGAGAGACGCAGGAACCCCGUGAACGCCAUGAAAACCAUCACCCUCUGAUCUUCCCUUUAGCCCAAACCCAUACUUAAUUUUCCAUUUUUAUUUCAAAAGUCCCCAUAAAUACAAAUCAUCCUUCUUAUUCUUACAACUGUUUCGCAUUCCAUUCAUCGCAAACUUAAAUCUGUUUUUUAUUUUAUUUACAUAUAUAUAUAUAUAUAAUUGUUGAUCGAUUGAUUGAUCACCACCACCACCACAGAUUUGAUGACUCCCACGUUGACAUGUCGCCGGCCUUGCUAGAGUCCCCAGCUCCGGCAACCAACCUCUCCGGUCAGGUUUCUAUUCCUCUCUCUUCAAUAAAUCUAACCAUUUUCAAACCACCACCAUGAACCCCUCCUCGAAUGCAACCGCCUCUGGAUUUAGGGAUUCCCAUGGAGCCGCCUCCGAUUUCAGCUUCAAUACGUCCUCGGCUUCUCGCCAGGGCUCCGGUCUUUCGCGGCCGAGGUUUCUGAAGGUCAGGCGAGGCUUGAAUUCACAGGGAUUGAAACCCUCGCCGGAGACGGCGGAGUCUUCUGCGGGGUUUAAUCCGUUUCGGAGCUCCGGCUCCGAGGCUUUCAGGAGUAAUUCCGAUUCGAGUUUGGGGAGAGGCGUGGUUGAGCAGUUGAGCAGUUUGAGAAUUGGGAGCGGCGGUGAGUUUGUGGAGGCCGGAGGUUCAGCUGGCUUUGUAUUUGGAGGUGAUUACAACAGGAGUGUUGGUGUCGAUGAAGGCGUCGCGUCGAAGCUUCCUGAGGAUAUGAGGAAGUUGAACAUUGAGAGCUCUGAGAGUGGUGGAGCCUUUGGGAGAGGUGAUGAUAGGAGGUUUGGUAGUGAGGCCGGGUUUGGGGCGGUGAGUGAUGACAAUGUAGGUGGUUGUUUGGGUAGAAAUGUCGAAUCGGAGCUCCCCAACGAGUUGGAGAAGAAGUUGAACAUUAAGGAGGAUGUGCAGGGGGGCGGCAGGAGUGAUGAGUUUGUGUUUAGUACUAGUAAGUCCUUUGGAGGCUCGGCGAAUGCACUUCAGGAUCAGAUGAAGAAUCUGAACAUGGGUGUUAGUUUCAACGGGAGGAAAGAGAGUAUCCUGUUGAAAAAGAUGGAGAGUUUGGAUAUAGGAGCCAAGGCUCGACAGUCUACUCGAUCAGAUACAGGGACAUCUUCCCACCAAACGUUUGCGAAGAACAUGGAGACUGGAAAUCACAGACCCGAGAGGGAGGAUGGAUUUAAUUUUACAAGCAAACAGGAUCAUAUGAGCACGUCCUCGGUAGAGUUUAAAACACCAAGCAGUAAAGCCAACUUGUUUUCCGGCAUAAACAAGAAACUGGAAUUCAAUGCAAAGACGGAGCCGGCAAGGUCUAGGGAUACAAGAAUGAAAAAGACCAGUGGAAAAGUAAGACACUCUUCAUCAUCCCAGCUGGGGCUCGGGCAUGAUGAUGUAAGGCACUCUACUUCACCCCAGCCGGGGGUUGGACAUGAUGAUGUUUCAAAAGGUGGUUUUUCAGUAGACCUUGAGUCAUCUGAAUCCUAUUCACCAAUGGACAUAUCUCCUUAUCAAGAAACAUUGGCUGAUAACGUAUGUUCAAAAGAAACUUCAGCCUCCUCUUCUGCAUCAUUUAGUCUCGACAAUGACUUUGUGGAAUCCGAUUCAGUUCCGAAAGUUUCUAAUGAUUCUAUUGAUGAAGAUCUUGUUAUGGCAACAGAAAGUCUUGAUAUAAAUAAAGUUGAUGCAACGAGCAGAUUUCCACAGGUUGAAGCUUUUGAGCACCAUUUAGGUGGAAGUGGUAACGCUGAUGCAACUGUUGAAGGAUAUGUUUCUGGGGCUGAAACUGAAAGCUUUAAGUCUGCGACUGAUGAGGUAGAAUAUAUUAGUGACACGGGUAAUUCAGCAGAGAAUGAAGUUAAUUCAAGCCCGAAAAUGGAGACACAAGAUACUGAUGGUAGGACACACUUUGGCUUUCAUGCAAGCUCGUCAAAUAGAAGUGGAUUAAGCUUCACGUUUGCUGCCUCUACUAUUGCUCAAUCUCCAUUAUCACCAUCAAAACGCUCAAACAAAAAGAAGAAUAUUGUAAAGAUUGGUCAAGAUGCCAAUACUUUUGUUCCAAAUGCUAAGAUUCCAUAUGGGCCAUCCUCUGCUGAGUUUAUGCCAUAUAUGGGAGCUCCAAUACUUUCAACACUGGGACACCGUCAAGAAAUAGGCACUCCAAUUUCACAAUUAAAAGAAAAUAAUUCUGGGGUGCAGAAAAAAAAGGAGAUCAAACAGGAGACCUGUUUGUCUGCUGAAUCAGCUGCAGCUCAGGAAGCAUGUGAGAAGUGGCGACUAAGGGGUAAUCAAGCAUAUUCUAUUGGGGAUCUGUCUAAAGCUGAGGCCUGCUAUACCCAAGGGGUAAAUCGUGUUUCUGAGAAUGAGACCUCUAGAAGUUGUCUAAGGGCGCUGAUGCUGUGCUAUAGCAACCGUGCAGCAACACGAAUGUCUCUCGGACAAAUUCGAGAUGCACUUGGAGAUUGUUUGAUGGCUGCUGCAAUAGAUCCUAACUUUCCCAAAGUGCAGAUUAGAGCUGCCAACUGCUAUCUUACACUUGGGGAGGUUCAAGAUGCUUCACAGCAUUUCAAUAGGUGCCUCCAAUUGACAACUGAUGUUUGUGUUGACCAAAAGAUUUCUGUAGAAGCCUCUGAUGGAUUACAAAAGGCCAGGAGAGUGUCUGAAUGUCUGAAACUUUGUGCUGAACUUAUGCAAAGGAAGACAUCUGCCAAUGCAGAGAGUGCUUUGGUACUUAUUGCUGAGGUGUUGGCAAUAAGCCCUAGCUCAGAAAAAUUAUUAGAAAUGAAAGCAGAAGCUCUUUUCACGCAGAUGCGGAGGUAUCAAGAGGUGAUUGAUUUUUGUGAGAAGACCCUUGGUUCUGCUGAAAAAAAUUCCCCUAUAGUAGAUGCUGCCAGUUCUUUAGAUGGUUCUGAACUGUCAAAGUACUUGUACUUCAGACUUUGGCGGUGUCGUAUGAUUUUUAAAUCCUAUUUCCACUUAGGAAAACUUGAUGAGGGCCUUGUUUCACUAGAGAAACACGAGGGAGGGGUUUCUACAACUUAUAGGAAUUGGAGAAAAACUCUGGAAUCUUCUAUUCCCCUUGUUCUCAUUGUUCGUGAGCUGUUAUCUCAUAAGGUUGCAGGCAAUGAAGCAUUUCAGGCAGGAAGGCAUACUGAAGCUGUUGAGCGUUAUACUACUGCUUUGUCAUGUAAUGCGGAGUCACGUCCUUUCACAGCUGUUUGUUUUUGCAAUCGUGCUGCUGCAUAUAAAGCAUUGGGCCAGAUUACUUAUGCUAUAGCAGAUUGCAGCCUAGCUAUAGCUCUUGAUGAAAGUUAUCUAAAGGCCAUUUCUAGGCGAGCUACACUUUAUGAAAUGAUCAGAGAUUAUGGACAAGCAGCUAAAGAUCUUCAUAGACUUGUAUCUCUUCUCACUAAGCAGUUGGAGGAAAAUAUUAAUAAAUGUGGAACAUCUGAGAAAUCCAAUAGCUGCAAAAGUGAUUUGAAACAAGCUCGUGUUCGUCUUUCAGAAAUACAGGAAGAAGCGAGAAAGGACAUCCCCUUGGAUAUGUACAUAAUUCUGGGAAUUAAACCAUCUAUAUCAGCAUCAGAAAUUAAGAAGGCCUAUCUGAAAGCUGCUCUCAGACAUCAUCCUGACAAGGCUGGUCAAUUCUUUGCUAGGAGUGAUAGUAGUGAUGAUGGGCUUUGGAAGGAGAUAGCAGAAGAAGUGCACAAGGAUGCUGACAGGCUUUUCAAAAUGAUUGGGGAGGCAUACGCAGUACUUUCAGAUGCAACCAAGCGUGCAAGGUACGAUGCUGAUGAGGAGGCUAGAAAUGUGCAGAAGAAACGCAGUGGAAGCAGUGCAGCUAGAAUGCCUGCAGAUGCCCAUUACCCAUUUGAACAAAGCGGAAGUAGCCGACAAUGGAGAGAAUCUUGGAGAUCAUUUGGCAAUCCAUCUUCUAGAGGGUCAGAAGCGACAUGGUCUGGUAGAUAUUCAUGAAAUUUUUGUUUAGUAUCGUCUGAUCAGAACCUGGAUUUCAUGAGCCAUUAGAGGAUUGGGGGCAGAUGAAUUUGUUUAGCCGUUGCGUUCUGUAUGUAGUUUCAGUCCACCAACCUUUGCAUUGGAUUAGGCAGCAUCAGAGUUUCAACAGCUCGAAAUACAAUUGUGCCGGUACUGAGGGCUUCAUUGAGAAGGAGAAAAGCAGGCUUUUGUUUCCUUGGAUUGACUGGUGAUCACAAGCUGUGACAGAGAUAUCAAGAUACCAGUUGAAACUGGAAAGGAUGCUUACUGUGCGAUAUGAUGUGUGUUUGUGUGGAGGAGGGCCUCUGUUGUACAUAUGUCUAAAAGGAGGCAAAACCUGAAAUAAAGCGACAAGAUGGAGGAUUUCUCAGAGCUAACAAGUGAUAAGAUGUUUCACGCGCCUCUGUUUUUGAUGUUGGCUGAGAGAUUUGAGGAAAGUAAUACCAAAAAACAAAAGGAAAAAGAAUUUUGUUUUUCAAGAAAAGAAGAGAAAGAAAGAUCGUGAAAACUAGUGUGAUUUUGUUACUGUGUGGGGAAGUUGAUAGCGUUGUAUUUCUUCUCAUAGGUUGUUUAGGUACACCAAUUGAUUCUUUAUACAUAAGAGUAUAUUCCACUGAUUACCCUGUCCAUUUUGAUAGCAGAAGUCCUGAAAACUGUUCUACGGACAAAAAUGUCAUAGAGGCUUUUGUAUUUGAAACCUCUGCAUUAUUGUUUUUUUUUAACUGUGAUUCUCAAUUGUAGUAAUAUGAAAGAGAAUCUAUGAAGUGAGCACACCUGAAAAUCUAAAGAUGUUCCAAAGGAACGAUCUUUAUUGUAUUGUUGAUCCAUUCAAGGUUCAAAAUAU